UGGCAACGUAAGCUUAUUGAUUUAUUACCGCCGAUCGUGACAGUGAUUUGAUUGCAGUUUCUUUCUUAGCUCGCUCACCGUUUUAAACAGUGGCAGAGGUCUUGUUAGCGGAACUCUGACGGCGUUGAAAUCUUAAUCGGGAGACAAGCUCCCAAACCCAGUAUGCCGCCUAGAAAACCUCCUCAUGUCGUUUGCUACAUAUGUGGUCGUUUGUAUGGAACGACGUCAAUCUCGCUUCACAUUCCAAAAUGUCUGGAAAAAUGGCAGAUCGAGAACAGUCAGCUACCGAGACAUUUACGACGAAAGCCGCCUCAGAAACCGGCAGGAUGGGGUAACACUGCUUUGUCAAAUGACCCGAGGGAAAGAGAAUCGCAACUAGAUGCCAUGAACGACAUGGCUUUCCAAGCUUCGCAGAUGCAGCUUGUUCCGUGCGAGAAUUGUGGACGGACUUUCAACCCAGAUCGCUUACCAGUGCAUCAGAGAAGCUGUCGGCCUAAUAAUCCCCUCAAGAUGUCCAAAAACUUUGAUCCUUCGAGGGUUGGGUCUGGAAGGCAGAGCACGCCGGGAGGGGGUGAUUAUGGCAGGAGCCCGCCACCCCCCAGAAAGCCAAAAACUGUUGUGUGUUUCAUAUGUGGCCGAGAAUUUGGUAGUAAAUCUAUCAGUAUUCAUGAACCCCAAUGCCUGAAAAAGUGGGAGCUUGAAAAUAGCCGAUUACCAAAGCAUAUGCGAAGACCACCUCCUGUUAAACCAAGCAUACUUCCCAGUUUGUCUGGGGGGGAAGACCUCGAACGCAGGAACCAGAUGGCAUAUGAAGCAGCUCAGAAACAGCUGAUUCCCUGCAGAAACUGUGGCAGGACAUUUCUACCAGAAAGGCUAGAAAUUCAUCUGAGAUCAUGCAAACCCGGGAGCAAGACAGUGCCAAUAAGACAGUCAGGUUCAGCUCGCCGACUGUCCCCUCUUACCAACCCAGGGGAGAUGAAUGCUACCCACACUGGUCAGUAUGGCAGACAGAGCCCCCUUACCAGGUACAGUGAUCAAAACAACAACAUCAGUCCAUUGGCUAAGGACAAGACUUUCAUCAAAGGAAAGUCUACGAAAUCCACUCCUCCAGCUUCUUCUCAACGUCCUGCAAGGUUAAAGCCAAUGUCCAAUACUCGUUCACCAUCUCCAUCAUACAACCUCACUGGGAAUUCUCCUGUGAUAGGGAGCCAACCAACAGAGCAGGCAUCUGAACCAGCCAACCUGGCUCAGUGUUAUAACUGCGGCCGCUCAUUUGCUGCAGAUCGCUUAGCAAAACAUGAAAAUGUAUGCCGCAAAGCUGGUAAACAAAGAAAGGUUUUUGAUGCUACAAAAAUGAGAACACAAGGGACAGAGGCAGCUCAGUUUAACAGACCUGGAGCUAGGAAGGCACCUGAUCCACCCAAACCUAAAUCAAACUGGAGAAAGAAACAUGAGGAAUUCAUUAAUGCCAUAAGAGAUGCCAAAAAGGUACAAGAACACAUCAAACGAGGUGGCAAGGCAUCAGAUCUUCCCCCUCCACCCCCUAGUGAGAACCCAGACUAUGUGUUCUGCAGGUUCUGCCAGCGACGCUUUGCACCAACAGUGGCUGAGAGGCACAUUCCUAAGUGCCAGAACACAGCAAACAGGCCUUCACCUCCCAAGGCAAGGGCCUUGCAGGCAAGUGGAGGGCGUUUUAACUCCAGGAAUCCUACU